GCAGUUCAGGGAGGUUGCUUGUGUGGCAAAGUCCGCUAUGAAUAUUCUGGGGAUGUUGCGUUGAAGGGAUUCUGCAAUUGCAAGGACUGCCAGCGCUGGGGCGGCGCGCCUGGCAUGGCAAACGUGGUGGUGCCUCGAGAAACCUUCAAGAUCACAUCAGGUGAACCCAAGACCUUCGACACUGUCGGCGAUAGCGGCAAGAUCAACAAGCAUUUCUUUUGCGGCGACUGCGGGUCCAGCUUGUACUGUGAACUGGAGGUCCUGGCCGAUAAGACAGCGAUUAAAGCGGGAAGUCUCGACCAACCAGAUGUUGGUGAAAUGCAGGUCGAGUUCUACACCAAGGACAGAGUCUCGUACCAGAAGCCUCAAGAAGGCGCCCAGCAGCUCGCGGCAUUCGGUUGA